AUGUCGAAAUUACAAAAACUCUAUGAAGCAAAAAGAUUUGCAAGAUUAAUUAUCGAUGAAGUUCAUUGUGUUUCACAAUUUGGACAUGAUUUUCGACCAGAUUAUAAAUAUUUAUCAAUAUUUAAACGUCAAUUUCCAAAUAUACCUAUAUUGGGUUUAACAGCUACAGCAACAUUAAAAGUGAUUAAUGAUAUUCGAAAAAUACUUCAAAUUCAAAAAUGUAUUUUAUUUCGAGCACCAUUCAAUAGAAAAAAUCUUUUCUAUGAAGUAUAUCAUAAAUCUAAUGUUGGAAAAGAUGCUUUAAAUGAUCUUGUAUAUUGUAUUCAACAACGAUUUGAUAAACAAUCAGGUAUUGUUUAUUGUUUAUCACAAAAAGAUGCUGAAGAUGUAUGCUUUGAAUUACAACGAAACAAUAUUAAUGCUGGUUGUUAUCAUGCUGGUCUUACAUCUGUUGCUCGAACACAAGUACAUGAAAAAUGGAUACAAAAUCAAGUUCAUGUUAUUUGUGCAACAAUUGCUUUUGGCAUGGGUAUAGAUAAACCCGAUGUACGUUUUGUUAUACAUCAUUCUUUAAGUAAAUCAAUUGAAAAUUUUUAUCAAGAAAGUGGUCGUGCUGGACGUGAUGAUCAACAAUCACAUUGUAUACUUUUUUUUCGAUUUGCUGAUGUUUUUCGUUUAGCACCAAUGGCAUUUUCAGAUAAAUCAGGUAAUGGUCUUAAAAAUCUUUAUUCUAUGAUAUCUUAUUGUUUAAAUGAAUCUCAAUGUCGUCGAAAAUUAAUUGCAAAAUAUUUUGAUGAAGUAUGGCAAUCAAAUGAUUGUAAUCAAAUGUGUGAUAUAUGUACACGUUCAUCAAUAUCUAUAAUAAAACGAAAUUGUCGUGAAGAAGCUUUAAUUAUAAUUAAUUAUUUAGAUGAUAAUAAAAAAGAACGUUUAACAGCACUUAAAUUAAUUGAAAAAUUAUCAAUAAAAACAAUGAUUAAACUUGAUUUACAAAGACUUAUUUUACAAUUAAUUAUUGAUCAAUAUUUAAAAGAAAAUUUUCGUUUUACAUCAUAUACAACUAUUUGUUAUAUUAAAUUAGGACCACGAUCUGAAUAUGUUAAAAAUGAAAAUUGUCAAAUUUUACUUGAUAUUAUUGAAAAUACUAAAAAUACACCAUCGAUUAUAAAUAAAAAAAAUGAAAAACAAACAAUGAAAAAGAAAUCAUCAAAAGCUGUAGCUACAAAACGACAAGCUAAAUUACAUUCGGUUACGAAUACAGAUCCAGUUGUAAAACCUAUUAAAAGGAAAAAACGAACAUUAGAAGAUGAUGACGAUGAUGAUGAUGACGACGAUAAUAAUAUAGAAAAUAUACCAGUAUUAAAAAAACAAAAUACUUUAUCAAAUGGUGAUCGUAAACCAAUUAAAUGCAAUCAACUAUCAAUAACUGAUGAUGAAGAACUUGAUUAUUCAUAG